CCGGCUGCAGGUCUCCGCCCAGCUUCGCGCCCGCCUCACCCGCUGGUGCGUUCUCCUCCCCAGGGCUCGUCAGUGCUGCGAUGCCGUCGCCGCUGCCCCGAGCCCCGCGCCUUCCAUGACCCUGCGCAGCCCGGCUGGCCCAGGAGCGGUGAGCGGACCCGGAGAGCCCGGGGGUGACAUGGGCACCGAGGAGAAGGAAAAUCACUCUUCUGAGCCACAAAGAAGGAUACUGAAAACCCCUCUGAAACAGUCAGCUACCUCAUAUUCAGUAUUAACGGAAAUACAGCCUGAGUCUGGACCUCUGACAACACCCCCUAAGUCUCAGGAAGUGCCUCCUGGAGAUCCAUGGACACCCACUGCUAACCUUAAAAUACUGAUCAGCGCGGCUAGUCCUGAGAUUAGAAACAGAGAACAAAAAAAGGGACUUCUUGACAGAAGUGAAAUCGUAGAGACAAAACACUGUUUACAUGAGCAUUUAUCAGGAGAUGAAUAUGAGAAAUCUCAACCAAGCCGUAAAGAGAAAAGUCUAGGAUUAUUGUGUCACAAAUUUUUAGCUCGAUAUCCUAAUUACCCCAGCACUGCAGAGAAUAGUGAUAUUUGCCUUGAUGAAGUAGCAGAAGAGCUUAAUGUUGAACGUAGACGCAUAUAUGAUAUUGUGAAUGUGCUAGAGAGCCUGCAUAUGGUGAGCCGCCUUGCCAAAAAUAGAUACGCUUGGUACGGGCGUCAUAAUCUCAACAGAACACUGCAGACUUUGAAAAAAGUUGGCGAAGAGAACAAAUACACACAACAAAUUGAGAUGAUCAAGAAGAGAGAGUAUGAGUUUGAGUUAGAUGGUGACAAAAAUGAGGAGAUGGUGACAAAACCUGUUGGCCCAAAUGAGCAUUCAGAAAUGUGUUUUGUUGAACUCCCAGGGAUGGAAUUUCGAGCAGCUUCAGUAAACAGCAGGAAAGACAAGUCUUUACGAGUGAUGAGUCAGAAAUUUGUGAUGCUGUUUCUGGUAUCAACUCCUCAAAUAGUGAGCCUUGAAGUUGCUGCUAAAAUUUUGAUUGGAGAGGACCAUAUAGAAGAUUUAGAUAAAAGCAAGUUUAAAACCAAAAUUAGGAGACUGUAUGACAUAGCUAAUGUUCUCAGUAGUCUUGAGCUUAUCAAGAAGGUUCAUGUUACAGAGGAGAAAGGCAGAAAGCCAGCAUUCAAAUGGACAGGACCAGAGGUUUUACCAGGCAUUCAGGAUACAAAACCUGUAACUACUACCACUUCUUUGAUUCCAUCUAAUUCUGCAAAAUCUAAAUCUCCCAAAGAGCAGUGUUCAAAAAAUCUCUUCCCUUCAAGAGGCAAGCAAAGCUUCACUCGGCAUCCAUCUCUAAUAAAGUUAGUAAAGACUACAGAAAGUGACGGAAGGAAGAUCCAUUCUGCUCCAAGCAGCCCCAGCAAGACAAGCACAAAUAAUGAUGAAAAUUCAUCAUCCUUGCCAAGUAAAAUGGCCCAGCUUGCAGCAAUUUGUAAACAGCAGUUAGAAGGACAAUCAAGAGAAUUAAAGAUGAAAUUGACAAGAUCUACCUUAGAAUGUAAAUUGACCUCUAGUGAUGAAUCUAUUCUGAAAUGUGAACCUAAUACUACAUCAUCCUGUCAAACUCCAUCUCUUGUUCAGCCACUGGGGGUCCUACCUCUUAUCCACAAUUCAGUUUCUCCAGUAAUGCUACCUCAAACUCAUUCUGCUAUUUCAUAUGCAAUAUAUUUGCAUCCUUCCCACGCCCAGACUGUGACUACAUUACAGUCUGUGCCCUGUCCCAAUGUGACUGGAACUACAAGUGUUUUUGAUGCUAAUUCAAAAAUACCAUUUAAUCAAAUGACCACUGAAGAGAGGGACAGUAAUACAGGUGAAGGUGAUGCUGGGAACUUGGUGGCUAAAGAGAGACAAGUUACAAAAAUUGAGUUUACACCAGAGAGGUGCCUUAAAAGAUCUCAAGCAUUACAGGAGAACAGUUCAAUUAAAAAAUGUAGAAGUGAUGAGAAAAGUCUUGAAGAUGUUUAUACAGGAGAUUCUCUUAAGGGUGAAAGACCAGCCUCUAAAGCUGUGCACUUGGAGCCUGAAAUCAAUAAUUUCCAAGAGGGAAGCCAGAACAAAUCUGAGAAACUAGAUCCAAAUAUGGAAUUUUGCUUUGAUCACAAAAGGAGAGGUCUUUCAGAAGAUAAAAGCAGAGCCAGUAGUACACCAGAGAUGCCUGUUGCAUUUUCUGUUCCUGCUCAUGAGACCUUGUUUCCUUCAGGGUAUAUUAUUCCUCUUGCUCAGUGCACGCAACAUGGCAACAAGGCCAUAUUUUCUAACAAGGAAAAGUCUGGGAUAUGUUCUCUGCCACACAUGACCUACAGUUCACCCAUUGCAGGUGUUGUUCCAGUGACAGCUUCCGAAUUUACAGCAGUUAAUAUUCCUGCUUUUCAUGUCACACCCUUGAAGUUUAUGGUAUCACCAUCUUCUAUAGCUGCUGCACCUGUAGUAAACUGCUCGUGUCUUAAUUCAAGCCAUAGCAAUCCUGUCCAAAACCCAAGCUCUUCAAUUCUGAACUUUACACUACAGCACUUAGGACUCAUACCUGCUGGUGUGCAAGUUUCUCCAAAUCCUGUGCUUCAGCCAGUGCCAAUCUCUCCAAAACCAGAGCAUGCUAGUCCUGUUUCAGAGAAUGUGAGCUUGCAACAAGGAAGAGUGUUUAAAAAUGAAUCACAGAUAACUGAGUGUGACUUAAAUGGAAAAUCAGGUGCAGUAAUUCCUUUACAGCAGACUACUGUUCCAGUGAAACCCAAAGAGCCACAGCCAGUGACUGAAAAUUUUUUCCGUACGCCUGGAGGGCCGAAUGCAAUUUCUCGUUUUGCUUCGUCUCCUGCAGAUUCAGAUGGUGUGGAUGGAGUUUCACGAGGAAACCUGUUUGCCCCACAAAGAAAACUUGAAGUGUCAGAGGACCAACUUUGACCAGGAUGUCUGGCUGUUAAACUUGUUUUGUGAAUAUAUUUUUCCAGUACAACAUGUUGCAUGCAUCUUACCAUUGUGAUUUGGAAGAUUUAUCCCCUGGAAACGAAUUGUAAAUGCAUUAAGAAGUCCUCAGUACUGGAAAAGCCUUAUUUAGUGCUUAGGAUUAAAAUUGGCCCUUUUUUAUAAAAGCAAACUAAUGUCCGUUAAUUUCUGCAAAUGACUUGUUUAAAGCAUUGCAACCAACCAUGUACCAAUUGUCUGUUUUACUCUUCAUAACAGUACAGAGCAAACAGUACAAAGCAAACUGAGUAAAUACAACACCACACAGUAUCAGUACAUGUUUUGCACAAUGAAAGUACUGUGAGCAUGUAAUAUAUUGUAUUUUUAAAUAGAAAAGGCUAUAGUUAAAUAUUUUUUCUUUUUACUCCUGCAUUCUUUCAAUAAUGAUCUUGUAAAGUUAGUCAAAAAAAAGUAAUCAAGUAUGUAAAUUAAGAAUUAUUUAUAAUGUUUUUUUAGUCAGUUCGUUCACAUUAAACUUAAGGCUAAACUUUCCAAAUUUAAGUGGUAAGGGUAUUGUUUAAUCAAAUGAAGUAACCACAGUAACUUACACAUUGUAUGUAAAGAUCUUUUUAUGUUGUUCUGUGGUAAGAGCAUCUUGCUAUUAAUUUGCAAAUAGUAUCUUCAUCAGAAGGUAGAUAUCUUAUAAAUAUGAGACAGACUUUUUUAAACUGCCCUCAUAGUUUUGCAUUUGCAAAUAACUGUGGGUGUAAAUAUUGGUGCCCUUUAUGUUUUGAAUUCACAUUAACUAUUGAACUCAAAGGAAAACAGCCAAAAUGGUAGAGUUUGGUAUGGUUUCCGGUUCAACCACUAGAGCUGGUUGAAAAUUUGUCAUUGGAAUGAUUUUUCCAACAAAACGUAGCCUUUUUGCAAAACUGAAAUUUUAUGUGGGAAUUUUGGUUUUGCUGAUGAUUUUUCUUAUUUGGAUUUUCCAAAUAGGGGGAGAAAAAAGACAGUUCCCUGGCUCUUAGAGCUGGGAUGGAUUAGUGGAGAGGCAGAACUCUUGGGCUCUCUGCCUCUCUAGCAGUUAUGAGGCUUUUGUCAUUGAAAUUUCACAAGUGAGAAGGAAGCUGGGAAGCCAAAAACAAAACAUCUUUUCUUUAAUACCUUUUUGGGGGGUGGUGGGAAUAAAUACAAAUUUGCUUCAGGACAGAACCCUCUUCCCCAUUAACCUGAAGAACUUUUUGUAGACCAAACUGAAACACUACGGCCAACGACCUGCUUUCUUCCUCUACUAACCUCUGAGAAGUUUGCAGCUGGACCCACACUACAAACUAGGGCACUCUCCAGAUUUCAUAAUCCACUUUAAAUCAGCAAAAAGAACAGGAGUACUUGUGGCACCUUAGAGGCUAACACAUUUA